GACGGGUCGUUCAAGAGAGGCUUUGCAUGUGUUUCGUUCAUGUGCCGCUCUCGCACAACAAAGCAGCCAGUCGACAAUCGAUUGGCGCAAGAACAAUAAUAUAACGAGUGACAACAGGAAAACUUUUUAGCUUAUAGGUUAGCCAGGCUUUGUCUCUAGCUGUCCUUGGUUGCGGUGGCUAUACAGCCUUGUGGGGAGCCUUGCUUUAGAUUAGGUGUCAUUGCUGAAGGCAGGAAAAGAGGGCGUCAGUUUGAACUGGAACAAAGAAGCAAGUGAAGAACCCGAAUGAUUGAUUGGAAUGAGCGAAGGCUAAGGCGAGCUACUAGUAGUGAUUUUGUGAUUUUCAAUCUCUUUUCGAGUCUAUCAUUGCUCCUGGCAUUGGACUCGACUCGGAAAGCCCAUUAGUAAUUUGGUGCUGUUGUGUUGGCAGUGUCAGGAUUACAAUCCACCAAAGACAGGCUAAGAAGAACCCUCUGAGGGCGGGAGAGACAAGGUUUACGGUCUGGGUACACCUCAAGUCUGAAUCAAGUUGAGUUGAACUGAGCGAAAACACGUCAACGAGAUCAGAGUAUGGUCCUUUACUCCACUCAUCCAGGGCAUUCAUCAUCAGGGUCUGGUGGUUCAUCAUCGGCAUUUGGCACUACUUCCCCUCCUCCUCAAAUGUAUGACACAUCGACAUCCACGGCAGAGUCCACAAGGACUUCCUCCAAGACAUCCAAGGGAUACUCCAACACAGCCAGUGCUGCUGCUCGCUCCAAGUUAAAGGCCAAAUCCAAAGCCACUCAGUAUGCCGCUUCCGCCAGUUCCAUUGUUGCAGGCAGUAGUAGUGUGGACACGAGUCAACAUCAGCACCAACAACAAUCACCAUCGACACCUUCGUCCCGAAGAGCCGGCAGUUUUAGAUCGCAAGCGGCACUGCUGGUUGGAACUCACGCCUCCCCCGCCACAAGUACUCCUAGAUCCUCCUCCACUAGUAGCCCUUCACGACGACAAUCUUCUUCCCCAUCUCGCAUAUUGGCGAGGAGAAACCUCAUCAAUCGCAGUCGCAUGGCGGCGGGAUAUCAUCAACAAGAAACUGCCUCGGAGGUUUCGGCUCCGGCUGCCUUUUCCUCGGCGGCUGCUAGCUACAUACAACAACACCAACAACAAUCAUCACCGGCACGGAGCCGGCCACUGCAAAUAAACCCACCACAAACACCACAGGGAGGGUAUCGCAGUGACAUUUCUGCCGGGAGUCGGCUCAAGGAUGGCCUUUCGGUGACAGAACUGAGUAGCAUUGCAGCACAUACUGUCACUACUCAGAGUGAACCAGGGGGGACGUCCUUUAGUCACCACUCCUACUACACACUCUCUGAUCACUAUUCGUCCAGUGCCACUCCCAGCACCACACCGGAUCACAACAGAAAGUUCGCGCCUAGAGUCAACACAUCCUUGGAAGAACAAUCACAACAACCAUUGAUACCUCCGUCCCGGGAUGCUUAUGCUGCCGCCUCUUCUAGAUAUCCAACAACCUCCAACAACAAUAACAACGCUUCUCUAACCACUCCUACAAAAGCCAAUCGAAAUCCCUUUACAUCCCAACAACCACGAACACCGGGCAGCAACAGCACCCCCAUGUCGGUUUCCCAACGGAUUCGAUUACUGAGUCAAAACAAUCACCUGUAUCCCGAUCCAGAACCCGCCGUAGAAGACGAAAGUAGCAGCCAUCAGGAGGGCCCGCCACAGCCAUCCAGAUCCGUGUACAGUAGUGAAGGACGAAAAGAGAAUACACCACAAUCCGGCGAUAAACGGUACAGUGUACAUCAGCUACAGCAAGACAUGAGGGAACGGUAUGAAAAAUCAACCACCACUCCUAUUAGCAGUGCUGGAAGGAACUCAGCAGGAGGGCAGCAGCCUUCCACAACAAGAUCGUCGUCACCGUCCACUCCCAACCAUAAUGAGUCGCAGCAACACCAUCAUCAUUAUGUCCCAGCUUCGGUGCGCCGUGGACCAACAAAUAAUAACAAUGAACCCAUCACGUCGGAUACAGAAGGUGGUGUCGACGAAAGCAGGCACAGUACCAGCUUGCCGCCUGUUCGAAGACGGAAGCCAUUGCAGCAACCGGCCUACAAUUCUCAACAGCCUGAACGACAGGAGCAACCACAAGAAGAUACUCCAGUUGUGACCAACCCGCCACAACAUAGGCAUAGCAUGCCAGACUCUCCUAGUCGAGUGCAGGAAAUGAAACGACGAUUGUGGUCAGAAGAUGAAAAGUUAAAUUUGUCAUUGGACCAUUCCGCUUCGGAAAGUCAUCGCGAAGGGAGGUCGUUGUCGCCCCGGCAACAUCGGCACUCGACCGGUGGUGUAGUACGGAACAUGCCAGCCACGACAACGGCUGCCUCUUCUACGAAUAGUAACGUGGGAGGAUUCAAAUCCAAGUUCUUCCAAGCGGCCAUGGCAGCACACCGAAACAACACUCCACCACGACCCCGUCCGGAAUUUGCACAGCAGCAGCCACCACCAGGAGCGGCCCCGACCAAUCCCGGAACACCGCCGAGGCCUCGAAGUGCAUCCUCCUCCUUGAAUAUAUCUUCUCAACGAUUGAAUUCAUCGUCGGCAGCACCUAGUCGUCCCGAUUAUCCCACACCGCAGCCUCGUCCGAGUCAGCAAGAGCCAGAACCCGCGGUUACCCCGGUUGCUCCCAAUGAGUAUCAACAGACACAUUCCAGAGUCAAUUCGAUCUCACCACAGCGAUCUCGGCAAAUCCCGAUACAGGAGCGUGCACCACCAAUGAAUCAUCAGGUUUCCCAGAAGCAACAACCACAACUUGAGCAACCACAGCAUCAACAGAGUUCCCUACAACAAUCUUACCCACCUCCUCCCUUCCAAGAUGCAUCGCCGCAAGAAGGCCAAGACUACAUUGCAAAGUUGAUGGCGAAGCUUAGUGCCGUGAGACGUGAUGAUCCCCAUGCUGCAUUGGCACAGAUUGACUCUAUUCUGCGGGCAGAGAGUCGAAGUAACGGUUCGGGUGAUCCAAUCCAACGUAUUGGCGCCAAUGUAGAAGGAAUGCCACUGCAGUAUCAGCGGCUCCCGCCGCAGCCAGCCGACUCUCCGCCCCAACAAUAUCCAUUGCAUCAACAUCAAGCGUUUUCAGGGCAGCAGCCUGUUCCACACCAGCAUCAAACGCAAUUUCAAUACCAGCAAAUGGAGGGUCCUGCCAUGCCAGAGAACCCUGGGCAAGGGCACGAUGAUCUUGAAGAUUCGUCAGACGAUGCAACGAGCGUCUCGUCCAUCACAAACCCAACCUACCGAAGUGCCAUGCCAACGCAUGAACAGAUUCAUGACAUGCCUCCUCCAACUGGCAUUUCGACAUCUUUGUAUCGGCGUCCACGACCUAAUGGUCUCCAGGGGUACAGCGCUCCAACUCCGCCGGUUUCAGGACUUGAGUUGGUGCAGCGUCACCAUCAACGACAAGCAGCUAGGAAGGGAUAUCGCAACGGCGAAGACCAGCAAGGGCACGUCAACCACCCGACCAGUCAUCUCCCCCCAAUGACAAUUAAUGUCGCCAGUGACAGCGGAAGCAACGUGAAUGCGACGCGGGCGUUUACGGAGAAUCUACUGAAAAGCUCCAACAAGAAGGUUCACCAAGACAAACUCAAGAGUGCAACUGAACUACAAGCGGAAAGUACCGGUACUAGUAGGCUAAAAGUGGAGGAUCACCCGCAUGACGAAAUGGCGACGCCCUGUGCUGCCGAACCACAAAACCUGGAACCCCCGCAGGAACGAAAGCAGCCCAACUCAAAUGCCGUCCCAGCCCAAGACAAGCCAACGGGCCCGCUAGAGGAGGAAAUGUUAGACUUUCCUUCCAUGGAGUACAGCCGCACUGACAGCGACAAGAAAUCAGGUAAUGCCUCUCAUGAGUCCAAGGCAAAGGAGACGACAAAGUCACCCAUGCAAUCAGAUGAUCUAAAGCAUGGGUCUGGUGGAAAUCCAUUUGGAGGCGGCGAUGAUGUGGAUAUGCCACGAUAUGCAAUGGAAAGUGGCGGUAAAGAGCGCAAGCUCGAUCAGUUUAUUUACCGAAAGAAGCAGCAAGAGCACGAACAGUUUCUCAAAACGCUCGAGGAGCUCGGAGACACGCAGCAUCUGACAGGCGACGAACUGGCGAGGAAGAUACAGGCAUGGGAUGAAAUGAGCGCUCCCAAUUCAAAAGCCGGUAGCUCCAGGUCGGAGGUCAGUGGAAAGCACGGGCCGUCAAGCCAGAAAAGUACGGGCGGCAAUAGUGCCGGAGGUGAGGUGAACCCUGCCAAUGUUUCGACUGCAACAACGUCUUCCGCAGUGUCGAGACAUUCCAAGAGGUCGCACCCUUGGAAUUCUGGCACGAGGCUGAAGAUUGACUUUCGUGACACCAGCAUGGACAAUGCUCUCGGUGUGGAGGCGGAAUGCAUUUCUCAGCCGUCACCUGCACGCGAUCUUCGAAGGGCGGCCAGGCAACAGCAUCAACGGCAAAAUCAACUUGUCGCAGAGGACACGAGCGGUCAAGUUGCAGAUCCUCAUGACAAGAAACAAGAUGGAGAGGAAGCAAGCCGUUCAGCAAGGCAACCGAAUGAAGUUUCACAGAGCUCUAUCGCGCGCGAACAUGAGCAGCGGGCAAGCAUAGAAGAUGAACAGAAGUUCGUGGCUGCUCUCGGUCCUCAACAACUCUUUGCGUCUCACCCGAAGGAUGUCUCGACCAUCGAACCACCCUACCUUGAUCAUGUGCAAGACAAAGGCUUUGAAGUGACUCCUGUCUAUGGGUCCGAUCUCCAUCCGAGUGACGAGCGAAUGACACAUAGCUACGCCGACAACAGUUGGGUCGCCGUUCCUUCGAACACGUUUUUUUCUUCCGCUAAGAGCAAGCCAAAUCCAAAGGUGGUUGCAACUCUCGUUGACGAGGACACAAACCCAGUCACGAUGGUGCGAUCUCCACCACCCGAGUUGCCAAAUGAUGUGGCUGAUGCAUUCGCGGACGUUCCCGUCCCGUUCGAUGAACCACCCAAGACGCACAACCCACAGCAUCCUAGAUUUGGUGGCGACGUACUUGAUGUUUCGGGCAUUCAAGAGACUCCCCCUCCUCCUGUAGCCAAAGCACCUGAAUCCACUCCCUCCCGCGGUCGCCGUGCUUUUGCCAACUUUUUGAAGAAACGAGGGAAAAACGCUAGGAAAACCCCUUCCCUAACUCCUACGUCGAAGAAGACCAGUUUGGCUUCUGCCGUCGACCAUCCGGAAAGCGAUCGCAAUCUAGGUUUGUCCAGCGACACCAGAGGUCGGAGAUCAGCGUCCAAAUCUCCAGCCCCACGAAACCGAACAAGGUCGUUGGAUGAUUCCGGUAGUCGGAUACGAAAUCCAACCAUUGCAAAGAAAUUUAGUCGUUUGAUGCGAGUGUAUGGAAACGAACCAUCCGCCAGUGGCAACGAGAGAAGCUUCUUUUGAAGGUACCAGGAAACUCCAUCGGACAAGAUACCGUACAGUACCUAACAUGUGCAGCAGACCUGCGCAAAUCAAACAAACAAGGAAACAGUUAUGGCAUAAAGAAUAGAGUGUGAAUGUUUAUACAUCGUGCAUGUAGUGAUUAUG